AUACACAUAUACACAUACACACAUAUGUGUAUAUAUACACAUAUACACAUACACACAUAUGUGUAUAUAUACACAUACACACAUAUGUGUAUAUAUACACAUACACACAUACACACAUAUGUGUAUACAUACACACAUAUGUGUAUAUAUACACAUAUACACAUACACACAUAUGUGUAUAUAUACACAUAUACACAUACACACAUAUGUGUAUAUAUACACAUAUACACAUACACACAUAUGUGUAUAUAUACACAUAUACACAUACACACAUAUGUGUAUAUAUACACAUAUACACAUACACACAUAUGUGUACGUAUAUGUGUGUAUAUAUACACACGUAUAUGUGUGUAUAUAUACACACAUAUAUGUGUAUAUAUGUGUGUAUAUAUACACACAUAUACGUGUGUAUAUAUCUGUGUAUAUAUACACACAUAUAUGUGUAUAUAUGUGUGUAUAUAUACACACAUAUAUUUGUAUAUAUGUGUAUACAUAUGUGUAUAUAUAUACACAUGUGUAUACAUAUGUAUAUAUACAUGUGUAUACAUAUGUGUAUAUAUAUACAUGUGUAUACAUAUGUGUGUAUAUAUACAUGUGUAUAUAUAUGUGUGUAUAUAUACAUGUGUAUACAUAUGUGUGUAUAUAUACAUGUGUAUACAUAUGUGUGUAUAUAUACAUGUGUAU